AUGAAGUCUAUCCUUUUUACCGCUGCGUUGGCCGCACUCCAGGCUAGCGCCUCUGUCAUUGUUCCCCGUGACACCAAGUUCACCGACACGGACAUCUUGGUCUUUGCGCUGAAUCUUGAGCUCAUCGAGGUCAACUUCUACACCGGCGGUUUGGCAAAGUUCUCGCAACAGGACUUUACCAAUGCUGGUUUGCCAAGUGUGUAUCGUGGACGUGUCCAGCAGAUCCUCCAGCAUGAGCAGACGCAUGCUGCUACGAUACAAGGGUUAAUUGGCAAGAGCCCAGUCGUUCAUCCUUGCAAUUACACAUUCCCUUAUACCGACGCAUUGUCAUUUGCGAAUCUUGCAAAGACAAUUGAGGGAGUUGGCACAUCUGCCUAUAUCGGAGCAGCGCAAUUCAUCUCGGAGAAAGACUAUUUGAUCGUCGCUGAUAGUAUUUCGACAAUAGAAGCCCGCCAUGCAAGCUGGCUCGCCACUGAACUCACCCUUACUCCCUGGCCCGGAGCAUUUGACCGAGCUCUCACCUUUAACGAGGCGUUUACCCUGGCGUCCAACUUCAUUGUGCCAGGAUCUUGCCCCUCCAGCAACCCUCCUAUCGCGUUCAAGGCGAACCCUCAACUCGUCGUUCAAGAGACAAAUGUGACCACGGGCCAAACGAUUCACGUUUCCUUCAACAUUACCACUUCUCAGAGUACUCCUUUGUUUGCUGCCUUCCUUACUGGCGUGGCUCCCGUUGAAGUAUUUGGUACUUUCACCCGCACGGGGAAAGGUAGCGGCACUGUGACGGUCCCGAAAGGCCUUACGGGGCAGACGUAUCUUGUACUUACGACCACCAAAGUUCAGAGUUUCACAGACGUUGGGGUAGUUGCUGGGCCUGCCGUGUUGUUCUUUAACUUCCCUCCCAAUCCCAACUGA